AUACUAGCAUUAUAGCCCGUUCAAAGUGCACAGUUGUAUUUGUUUUGGUGAAUGUUGCAACUACUACGCUGGGCAACAUAUAGCUAUUAGUCGUAGAGCCAAGGUCCAAGUGUAAUUUAUGCAGAGUAACCGUCUGUGACUGCAAAUACUGCAAGCUAUUUAAAACUCCUCCUCUAAAUUUUAUUUUCACCCAUUUGACAAGCGCCUUCUACUGAUUUGCCGAAGAAACCUACGUUAGCUUUAGCUAGCUAACGAAAUCGACAGCUUUACCCAUGUCCUCUGAGGAAGGAUUGAGUUCAUCAAUCGCGGAUUGGCUUUUUAUUAAUUCUUGGUGGCUUCUUCUGCCUUUCAUCAUGAUAUUAGUUGUUGUUGCAUUCAUUGUUGCCUGUGUGUUACUGUUGUAUAUGAUAUCCCCUCUCAUUAGCCCCAAACCUUUAAAAUUAAAUGGGGCCCACGUUGUGGUGACAGGAGGUUCCAGCGGCAUUGGUAAAAGCAUUGCCAUGGAAUGCUACAGGCAAGGUGCUUUCAUAACCUUAGUGGCACGAGAUGAGAGUAAACUUCUCCAAGCUAAAAAAGAAGUGGAGAAAUGUGCGAUAAAUGAUAAGCAAGUAGUGCUCUGCAUAUCUGUUGAUGUGUCCAAGGACUAUGGCCAGGUGGAGAGUGUGAUAAAGCAGGCUCAGGAGAAGCUGGGGCCUGUGGAUAUGCUGGUCAACUGUGCCGGGACAUCCAUUGCUGGGAAGUUUGAAGAAGUGGAGGUGGAUCGCUUCAGAAGACUGAUGGAGGUGAACUACCUGGGCAGCGUGUACCCGACGCGGGCCGUCAUCACCACCAUGAAAGAGCGGCGGAUGGGCCGGGUCAUGUUCGUGUCCUCUCAGGCGGGCCAGAUCGGCCUGUUUGGCUACACGGCCUACUCCCCAUCUAAGUUUGCCCUCCGAGGGCUGGCCGAGGCCCUGCAGAUGGAGAUGAAGCCUUAUAAUAUCUACGUGACGUUGGCCUACCCUCCCGACACAGACACUCCAGGCCUAGCAGAGGAGAACAAGAGCAAGCCCCUCGAGACCAAGCUGAUCUCUGAGACGUCCGGCGUGUGUCAGCCGGAGCUGGUGGCCAAGGUGUUUGUGAAGGACGCCGUGCAGGGGAACUUUAACAGCUCCGUGGGUCCCGACGGCUACAUGCUCUCUGCGCUCACCUGCGGCAUGUCGCCCGUCACCUCCAUCACUGAGGGCCUCCAGCAGAUUGUGACUAUGGGACUGUUCCGGACCAUAGCUCUCUUCUACUUGGGGAGUUUUGACAGCAUUGUGCGUCGCUGCAUGAUCCAGAGGGAACAGUCAAAAGCAGCUGACAAGAGGGAGUAGUAGUGCUAUCCAUAGUCCUGCCUACCCCCACCUCCACCUCUUCCCUCCUUAGCAACGCACAUGCCUGGGUGGUGGAUGAAAGAGGGGGGGGCAGUGAUAUUUCCAUAAGACAGCCCUUUUGUUCAAUUCACCCUCUUUGAUAAGCAUUCCAGUGAUUUUUGUUUACUCGUUGAACUGUUGUAAUUGAGACUUCUUCUACUGUCAAGGCUGCCUUUCUCAAGGUCGCUGAGAGCAGACCUACAGAAGUCACGGUCUGGCCUCCUACUAGGCCUUGUCAACACCUGAUACUUUAAGUCUGAGCCUCUGCCUUGCUUUUUAUCCGUCUCUGCAGACAGAGGAGCUAAGGAUAGCUGCUCUGACAGCUUGUGGCCUGCAGUCCCUUUCCAAGUACUUAGGGACAGACAGAAAGAUAACAUGCAAAACGCAUAUGUCCAAUCGUUGGCAUUUGUCAUACUGAUAGUUUAACCUCAUCCAACUAUAUAGUCUUCACCAAAUACGUAUCUUUUUCUAUAUGGAAAUGUUUUGCGCAAGUCUUUGCAGGCAAAGACCUCUUUGUCUUAGUUUAAGUUGGGUAGUAUUUUUGGCUAGUGCCAUUGGCUUUGUGAAGCGCAAGGGUGAUGUAACAGUGCUCUUCUGUGAUGAGGGGCCAGGAUCUCUUUUACAUAAGCUAAACGCAACCAUUUAAUUUUCAUCUGGUAAAUAAUCAAUCCCAGACCAGCGUUUUUGUAAGCAAAGGUGUAUUUUGCUAUAUACCAUGUUUGAGGGAAUGUGUGCACACAUCGGUAAGUGCAUCAGGAUAUGGGGAUAUGUGUUGAUGCUUUGUCAUUGUGAUUCUUGUGUUUGUGCUGUAAGUGACCAAGUCAGCCCCAGGGAAAGAAGAGAAAGCCAUUACACACUGUCAGGAUGAAAAAAAAACGAUCACAAGGAGUUGAGUUUCAUAAGGAGUUGAGUUUCAUAAGGAGUUGAGUUUCCUCUGCCUAUCAGCCCAGAUCCUUCUUGUAGUUCACACAAGCGGAACCAUUACAGAAUAUAGUAGAUCAAAUUGUGUAGAUUCCCUCUGCAAAGCUUUGCCUGAGCCACCCAUCCACACCAUGUUCUUCAGAGAACUCCCUGGUGUGUGUUUGUUUUUGUAUGUUUGAGUACACAGUGUGAUCCUUGAAAUAGAUGGGUCAUAGUCACAGGUUUUUAGCACUGCCCUAGAAAGCCCAGUGAGGGCGCUAUAGAUCAGUUGUAUAAAAAGGGCACAAGAUCAAGGGGAAACUGUUUUGAACUGUCUUUGAUUCAUAACAUGAUGGUUAUCUGAUUCCAUACACUGUUUCUAAGGAUGUUGACUUUACUAACUGACUGUGUCAGUCUUAAAGUCCUAAUCAAUGUCCCAACAGCCUUCCAGCAUCCCAUUCCUUAUCUUCUCAACGUUUUUUUUUGCCU